AUAAACAUGCAUCAGGCUCAGCUGCAGUGGAGCUGCUCCUGUGUCUCUGCCUUCUCGAAAGAUAAAGCGACUAAAAGAUGGCAAAGCUAAGCAAGCUAGCUAGCUAGCUAGACUUCGACACAGGAAAGAGUGGAUACUGAGGCUGCAUGAUCCUGAUGGCUGCAGCUUCUGGAAAAGGCGCAACAUGGCAUGAAGGUGACAGAUGUCUGGCUCCUGACCCAAGAGAUGGCACCCUGCGAGAAACCACCAUUAGGAGACUCCCCUCUGCCUCUCAUGUAGAUGAUACCAUGGCAUGGGUGGUGUUCAAUAAUGAUGGUCAAAAUGAAGACAAGGAGGAAGCUGUUCCUGUCUCCAAACUUGUGAGACCAGACUUGAGUCACUUCAACCAGGAGAAACCUGUGUUUCCCAGGAGCAUCACAGAUCCAGGACUGAGUGUCCCCUUAGAGCUGAGUGAGGCUGAAGGAGACAAAGUCCCCUAUACCAUCAACAGAUACUUGAGGGAUUACCAGAGGGAGGGCAUCAAGUUUAUUUACAACAACUAUGUCCGUAACAGAGGUUGUAUCCUGGGGGAUGACAUGGGCCUGGGAAAAACUGUGCAGGUGAUUGGUUUCCUUGCUGCUGUGUUGCACAAAACAGGCACAUGGGAGGACAUUGAAAACAACAGGCCUCAGUUUCUGCUGAGUCAGAAGCCCUCCAAGCCAAGUAGAUCCAACAAAGUGUUCCUCAUCGUGGCUCCGCUGUCGGUUCUUUAUAACUGGAAAGAUGAACUGGACACAUGGGGUCACUUCCAGUGUGUGGUGGUCCACGGGUUAAAGAAAGAGGAGGAGCUGGCUCGCAUCAGAAAGGGACGCACUGAGAUUGCUCUCACUACAUAUGAGACUCUGCGUCUUUGUCUGGAUCAGUUCAAUAAUAUAGACUGGGCCGCUGUGAUUGUGGAUGAAGCCCACAAGAUAAAAAAUCCAAACUCACAGAUCACUCAAGCAAUGAAGGAUCUGACAUGUAAGAUCAGAAUUGGCCUCACUGGCACCAUCUUACAGAACAAUCUGGAGGAGCUGUGGUGUGUCAUGGACUGGGCCGUACCUGGUUGUCUGGGCAGCUUGGGACAUUUCAAGAACAAGAUUUCAGAUCCUAUUGAACAAGCCCAAAGGCACAGUGCCACCAAACGUGCUCUCGCCACAGGGAGGAAGACUGUCAGAGCCCUAGUGAGGAAGAUUUACCACUUUUUCCUCAGAAGGACUAAAGGUCUCAUCAAGGAUCAACUCCCCAAGAAAGAUGACAGAGUGGUGUAUUGCUCACUCACAGACUUUCAGCAGACUGUGUAUCAGGUGGUUCUGGACUCUGAAGAUGUGACACUACUGCUGCGGGCUAAAGAGAAAUGUGAUUGUCAGAGUGGACGCACUCGCAGAAGAUGCUGCUAUAAAGCGAAUUCACAUGGUGUUGAAGUGAAGGGGUUGUACUUCAGUUACUUGGCCAUAUUGAGGAAGGUCGCCAACCAUGUAGCACUGCUUCAGUCCACUGCAGGGACCAGCAAGAAACAGGAAAAGUAUGUGCGGGAAAUUUGUGCAAAGGUGUUCCAGAAGUUUCCAGAGUUUGUGCAGAGAUGCAAAGACGAAGCAUUUGAGGCUUUAUCCGACCCCAUGUACAGUGGCAAGAUGAAGGUAUUAGAGAAGCUGCUGAAGUAUUACCUGAAAAAGAAGGAUAAAGUGCUUCUUUUUUCUCUCUCAACCAAAUUGUUAGAUGUGCUAGAGAGCUACUGCAUGGCUGCAGGGCUGGACUACAGCAGGUUGGAUGGAGCCACCAAGGCCAAAGAGAGAGUCCAGAUCGUCAAGGAGUUCAACAGCUCAUCUCACAUCAACCUUUGCCUGGUUUCCACCAUGGCGGGUGGUCUUGGUCUUAACUUCGUAGGGGCUAAUGUUGUAGUGCUGUUUGACCCCACAUGGAACCCAGCCAAUGACCUCCAAGCUAUUGACAGGGCAUACCGUAUCGGCCAGUGCAGGGAUGUGACUGUCCUCCGGCUCAUCUCGUUGGGGACUGUAGAGGAAGUUAUAUACCUCAGACAAAUUUACAAACAGCAAUUGCAGAGCUCAGUUGUGGGUAAGGAGAGUGCGCGGCGGUACUUCGAGGCAGUGCAGGGGCAUGAUGUCCAUAAGGGGGAGCUGUUUGGGAUCAAAAACCUCUUCAGGCUGCAGACAGCAGGGACGUGUCUUACCCGCAAGAUACUCGAGCGAGAAGGACAAGUGGAGUCGGGUGUAAUGACAACCAGCACACACACAGGCGAAGAAAAGGAGGAGGAGGAGGAGGAAGCGGCCAAGGGAGCUAGCGCGCUUGAAGUUUGUCUGCCAACAGAUCUCCCAACUGAUGAACCAACCAAGGAGAACAGAGACACAUCAGAAGUCCCUGGAGGGGUGCUGGACUUCAGCAGUGGGAGUGAAAUGGAUGAGGAGGAACGGGGGCUCAGGAGGAAGGUGUCAAAUCUCACUGCAGUGGAAGACAACAAGAGUGGGAACGUUUCCACUAGCCCUGGUCGAAUGAGUCUCCUCCAGUAUGGUUUCUCAAAACUACUAGAGGGGGUUAAAGGAAAACCAGACUCGGGCGAAGGGGACAGUAGUACAGCUAUCGAGGAAAUCUCCUCUGAGGAUGAUGACGAGGAUAAAAAGAGGAAAGGUGCCUCGACUGGCUGCGGCAAGAGCCCCAGUACAGGAGGAGCAGUCAGUGUCACGACAAUAGGGAGGAAAACCUGGGACAUCUCCAGUAAGUCAGACAGAGAAGACCAGGAGAAUGAAGAUCAGGGGGAACGAAAGCGGGUUUCUCUUUUGAAACAGGGUGAUGAUGCUGCAAGACGGAAGCAGAAUUGGAAAGAGAAGACAGAUAAGAGAGCCAUAUUGUACGAGGAAAGUGGGGCCAAAAAGAAACAUAAGCUAAAGACAACAGUGUCCAAGGUGCACCACUUUCGGAAUUACUCAGAUGAAUCUGAGGAUUUGGACAUGGAGGCAGUGAUGAGGCCUAAGAGUGCAACUUCAAAUUCACACACCACAGGAGGAGACCAAAAGAAAGGAAGACCUGACCGAAGCAGGAAGAGGCAAAGUGCUGGUGUCAGGGACAAGGCCAGAUCCAAAUACACAGAAGACAUCGAGACAUUCACAUCUUCAGAGGAUGAACACACUCCUGUGAAGAAAGGGAAAUGUUCCUUCAAAUCUCCACCGACUGAAAGAUCCAGAGCUGAGCUUCAGAAAGCUGGGCAAAGAGCUGCAACAAGCAGCAGGACAGAGAGAGCAGCAGAGACAACCAAAGCUGUUACAUUCACAAAUCUGAAAAGUCAAACAUCCCAGGGAACCAACGGAAAAGAUGGAACAAUCGACAGUGUGUUAGGGGGCGUACAGGAGGUGGUGUAUACCCACUCCAACCAGCGAGUGGUGGGAGGUAGCAGAGCAGAGGAGCUGAUCAGCAGAGCUGCUGCACGCGACGUGUUUGAACGCAAGAUGUACUCUCAGCUUCCAGCCAAUCAUCUUCUCGGCACCCUGGAGAGCCUGUCAGAGAGCCCACCAGAGAGUCCAACAUUCUCUUCUCCUGUCAGACUGGAGAAGCCCAGUGUGGACCAUCCUGUCACCUUCACCAACAAGAGUGUGCACAACACCAGACACACCACCUUCAUAAUUGGAGAGACUCCCCAGGCUAUAUGCAGGCAGCAGCUUGAGGAAAUGGCGGACAAAUGUGGAUUUUCUUCAGUACAUCAGUUUGCAGAAGAGAUUCUGAGAAGAGACUGCACCCAAAGACUUGCCUGGCUGCGACAGUAUUACACUUCACUCAACCAACCUGGCCUGGCUGAUGUUGUCAGGAACAACUUCCCACAGCCAGAAGCAGCAAAGACCUCCUCAGCAUCCACCAAAACAACUUCAACAACAUCUCACCAAGACACUAGAACUCCACAUAAGGAUGUGACAAAAUCCAAGAAAAGGCCUGAUUACACAAAGAGGAAUCCUAAAGACAAAAAAAACAAUGUGUCUGUGCCACAGAAGAAGUUUAGAAACCCACAAAAUGAUGAUGUUCAAGAACCCCAUAAAAAGCAAAACAUCCAAAGAAAGAAUGUUCUUGAGCUGAGUGAUGUUACAAGCCUGGAGUCAGAGGAGCAGGAGGAGGCUGUCUGCAGUGCCAGAGGAUAUAAGAGGACAAAGAGGGGUAGUGUUUCUACUUCUGGGGCCUUCAGAGCUGGUGGUGGUCUUGGCUUGGAUCAGGCCAGCAGCAGUGGUCUGGGGUCUGGGGAGGCUGCUGCCUUCCUGAACCGCACACACAGAGAUAUCCCUUCUUCUCCGGACCUCAGCCAUGGCAGGUCCGCCAUGAUGUCCAAACCCACAGCACAAGGAACGGGGCAAGAGAAAAAACUGUCUUCAAGGACCACUGACCCUUUUCAAGGCCAAGGACAAAAUUCUCCUCCUCCUGAGCCGGCCAAAUCUACCUCCAGUCGUAGCUCUUUCCUAACAGAUCUGAUAGGAGACACAUCCGUCCUCGAUGAUUUGUUUAAACCCAAACCCAGGGGUGCACAACAAAAAGCCACCCCAAAAACACCCCCUGCACUAUCCUCCACAUCGGGAGGCAAACAUCUCAGCACACCUUCUCCAUCUGGAGUCACUCUCAAACCCGAUUCAGAUUCAGCACAAUCUUUGUCCUCACCAAAGUCUAACACAACAUCUACACACCGUACAUUAUCAAAGGGCAGUCGCAAAGACUUCUGGGACAUCCUGAACGAAGGUAAUGAGGAAAGUAUCAACAGGUUGACGGACCUAGCGGAGGUGCAGAGGGUCUGCAUCAACACGAACUUUGCUGCUAAAAAGAAGUCAGAAGGAGAGGAGGGGAAAAGUCUCUGGAAGACUAAUGACAAGUUCUUAUGGAAGAGAUAAUACAGGAGAGGUGGUGUUUGAAGUUAGUUUUACAAUUUCAAAUUUUUUAAAAACAUUUUUAAGAAAUGUAUAAAAAAAUGUGUUCCAGGUUCUCCUACCAUUGAUUCUAAAGUUCUGUUGAGUUUUUUAAAAUGUCUUAAUUUGUAACUUUUAAAAAUGAAAUGUUUUUUUCACCCAUAUUUUUUAAAAUUCUGCAUUGUUUAAAUUGCAUUUUUGUUGAAUGAUAUACCAGCCCAGUGCCUACUGUCAAUUGAAUAAAUGGUGUUCAUCACUCUUAAAAUUUAA